UGCUGGCCCGCACCGCGCUCCGCUCGUCUUCCAUCGUCUCGCGCUCCAUGGCUACCUCGGCUCCCGUCUCGGCCGCAACCUGGCUCAAGGACCCCUCCAAGAAGUACCUGCCCUUUGCCUCGGUCAACCUCCCCGACCGCACAUGGCCCGACAAGCGCAUCACAAAGGCCCCGCGCUGGGCCUCGUCCGACCUGCGCGACGGCAACCAGGCCCUCGUCAACCCCAUGACGCUCGCCCAGAAGAAGCGCGUGUUUGACCUCCUGCUCAAGUGCGGCUUCAAGGAGAUCGAGGCCGGCUUCCCGAGUGCGAGCGAGACCGAGUUCCAGUGGAUCCGCUCGCUCAUCGAGCAGAACCAGACUCCCGACGACGUGUGGCUCCAGGUCUUGACGCCCGCUCGCGGCGAGCUCAUCAAGCGCACGUUCGAGGGCGUCCGCGACGCCAAGAACGUCAUCCUGCACAUGUACAACGCCGCCGCCCCGGUCUUCCGCGACCAGGUCUUUGGCAACACGCAGCAGCAGACGAUCGACCUCGCCGUCAAGCACGUCAAGAUUGUCCGCGAGCAGGUCGACGCCGCCAUCGCCCGCGGCGACCGCACCAACUGGCAGUUCGAGUACUCGCCCGAGGCCUUCUCGCAGACCGAGCCCGACUUUGCCGUCCGCCUGUGCGACGCCGUCCAGGAGGCCUGGUUCGCCGGCCGCGACAAGGCCAACGAGCGGCCCAUCAUCUUCAACCUGCCCGCCACUGUCGAGGUCGCGACCCCGAACAACUACGCCGACCAGAUCGAGUACUUCUGCCGCAACAUCAAGGACCGCCAGCACAUCGUCGUCUCGCUCCACACGCACAACGACCGCGGCACGGGCGUCGCCGCAUCCGAGCUCGGCCUCAUGGCCGGCGCCGACCGCGUCGAGGGCUGCCUGUUCGGCAACGGCGAGCGCACUGGCAACGUCGACCUCGUCACGCUCGCGCUCAACAUGUACACCCAGGGCGUCAGCCCCGAGCUCGACUUUUCCAACCUCGAGGAGUGCAUCGAGGUCAUCACGGCGUGCAGCGACAUCCCUGUUCACCCGAGGGCGCCCUGGGCUGGCGAGCUCGUCUUUACCGCCUUCUCUGGGUCUCACCAGGACGCCAUCAAGAAGGGCUUCGGUCACCGCCAGAAGGACGCGAGCCAGCCGUGGUCGAUCCCGUACCUGCCCAUCGACCCGGCCGACAUUGGCAUGACGUACGAGGCCGUGAUCCGCGUCAACUCGCAGUCGGGCAAGGGCGGCGUCGCGUACCUCGUCCAGCGGUCGCUCGGCCUCGACCUGCCGAAAAAGAUGCAGCCGGCCUUCUACCAGGUCGUGCAGGCCAUCUCGGAGCGCACGGCCAAGGAGAUCACGGGCGACGACAUCGAGAAGGCGUUCCGCGCGACGUACUACUACGGGCCCGAGCACAACGGCCAGUUCACGCUCGUCGACUACUCGUUCGCGACGGGCGCCGACGGCAAGAAGACGUUCACGGGCACGAUCGACGUCAACGGCGAGCACAAGCACAUCAAGGGCGACGGCAACGGCCCCGUGUCGGCGCUCCUCGACGCCCUCAACGAUGCGUGGCCCGUCGGCGGCUCGAAGCAGCACCACCUCUCGGUCAAGGAGUACUCGGAGCACGCGCUCGGUGCGGGCUCGGACGUGCGCGCCGCGUCGUACGUCCAGCUCGUCGACACGACGACGGGCCGCGCCGUGUGGGGCGUCAGCUCGUCGACCGACGUGACCGAGGCGUCGCUCAAGGCCGUCCUGAGCGCCGCGAGCAACGCCGCCGUCGACGCCGAGCGCCGCUACUCUGAGAUUGAGGACGCCGUUAUCGGCGGCCGCGUUUGAACGCGCGCAUCUCACUCUCGCUCUGUCUAUCCUCUCUCUCUCUCUCUCUAUCCCGCCUCGUCGAGCAGUUCCUCUCCUCCCCCUCUUUGUCCCUGUUCCCCUCGCCCUCUCUCGCAGUACCCAUCCUGUCUCUAUCUCUCAAAACAUGCAACCCUCGAGUGUCAAAGCGUGAACAAUUGACUUCUUGCUCGACGAGGCGGGAGGAGAGAGAGAGAGAGAGAGGAC